CCACCACACCAGCUGGGCGACCUCCGUGGCGCGGCCCCUCUCCACUUCCCCCACGUCUGCGCCCUGUGUGACAAGAAGAUCUUUGAUCUGAAGGACUGGGAUCAGCACAUUAAGGGAAGUCUUCACAUCCAAAAAUGUAUGGCUUUUUCAGAUAACACUGGUAUCCGGUGUGUGUUAAGCUCAGCAGAUGGAACACUGCAUUUAUCACCAAAUAAUGCAGCAGUUUUCAAUCCAUCUAGUAUUGAAGAUUAUCCACCAAAUGUUGGUUCAUCUUUUAUCACUACGUCAGCAAGAUCCUUUGGCCAGCCAGGUUCUACAUUUUCUUCUCCAUCAGCGUUUCCCCAGAGGAAAUCUACACUGGGUCGAGUUGUUCACAUCUGCAACCUCCCCGAGGGAAGCUGCACAGAGAAUGAUGUCAUUAACCUGGGCCUCCCAUUUGGGAAGGUUACCAACUAUAUCCUCAUGAAAUCCACGAAUCAGGCUUUUCUGGAAAUGGCUUACAGUGAAGCCGCACAAGCCAUGGUGCAGUACUACAAAGAAAAACCUGCUAUGAUAAAUGAUGACAAGUUGCUUAUUAGGAUGUCUAAAAGAUACAAGGAAUUGCAGCUGAAGAAACCAGGUAAGAAUGUGGCUGCUAUCAUCCAGGACAUUCACUCGCAGAGGGAGAGGGACCUGCUGCGUGAAGUGGACAGGUAUGGCACGGAGAGGCCCCGCUCUCGCAGCCCCAUAAGCCGCUCCCUUUCGCCCCGAUCCCACACUCCCAGCUUUACUUCCUGCAGUUCACCCCACAGCCCGAUGGGGACCAGCAGGACUGACUGGGGAAAUGGGAGAGAGUCAUGGGAUCAGUCCCCGUAUUCUCGACGAGAAGAGGAAAGAGACAGCAGAGAAUGGCGAGAGAAUGGGGAUGAGAAGAGGGACAGGACUGACACGUGGGUACAUGAGAGGAAACAUUAUUCCCGACAGCUGGACAAGUUUGAUUUGGAUGAACGGAUUGAAGGAGGCAGAGGGCACAGAGAAAAAUACUUAAGGAGUGGUUCCCCUGGCUCCCUUCACCCUUUUUCUGGCUACAAGAGCAGGGAAGAUGACUAUUACCGAAAAACCUCUAAGUCAAAAUCUGACAAGUUUCAGAGGCAGCUGCAGGAUUUACCUGGGAGAUCUAAGAGAAAGGAAGAGACAAAAUUAAGGGAACGCAGGCAUUCUUACAGUGAGGACGCUGCCAGGGAGGAGGCAGCUGAACAGAAGCACAGCAAAGCAUCUGAGGGCUCCAGGCAAAAACAAAGUGAUAAGAAUAAGGUGAAGAAAGCUGAAAAAGACCAAGAGGAAGAUGCUGCUGCUGAAGGCAGUGAUGGAAAGGAAACCAAGGCUCCUGAGAAUGAGCUUGGAAAAGAGGAGCAAGUUCCAGAGAAGAGCUCACCUUCAGCUAAUAAACAAGGAAAAGAAUCUGGAGAGAUUCUGGAAAACACCAGAAAAGAGAAGGACCGAGACUGGGAGAGUGGAAGUGAGAUAGAAGGUGAGACCUGGUAUCCUGCUAACAUGGAGGAAUUAGUGACAGUAGAUGAAGUGGGAGAAGAUGAUCUAAUUAUGGAGCCUGAUAUAACUGAGCUUGAAGAAAUCGUACCAGUUGAUCAAAAAAAUAAAACUGCUUCAGAAAUGUGUACCUGUAUGUCAGCCAUGUUAGAACUGAAAAAUGAUCACAGCCACUUAACCAGGAGUGAAGACAAAUUUGCCCAUAAAGCUUUAGAAACUAACUUCAGAUCAGUAAAGGGCAGUGUAGCUUCUAGUGGCUGUCAGGAUGAUGACGAGGAUGAUGAUAAUGAUGAUGCUGUAACUGAAGCAUCAAGCCUAAGUCUGGACCCUGAGCAGAAGCCAGAGGAACUGCAAGAAGACCAAUCUGCUAAGGAGUCUGAUCCCCAGCAGAAGGAAGGAAAAAUUGAUAAGAGCUCUGACACUCAUUUAGAGCCCGAAGAUCACCAUAUACCUUCUGUUCAUCUGAAAGAAGAGACUCUCCAGCUCCCUGAUACAUUUAUAGAUGAUUACAAACAGAUGGGAUCACAAGGAGCUGAGAGCAGAGAAGUUAUGGAAAUGCUUGUUAAAAACGCUAGUGAAGAAACAAGACAUGGAAGCCAAGAGUGUCCAGAGGCCAAGGCAAAUUCUAGGUACCUCGAAAUGAGACCUCUGGAAUACCCAGAGGUAGAAACUAAAAGAAGGCACUCUCCGCCAGGCUGGGAACAAGAGGACGUCUUCACCGAACUCAGCAUUCCCCUGGGUGUGGAAUUUGUGGUGCCUAGAACUGGGUUUUACUGCAAGCUCUGCGGACUCUUCUACACAAAUGAAGAGACAGCAAAGACAAGUCACUGCAGAAGUACUGUUCACUACAAAAAUCUUCAGAAGUAUCUAUCCCAGCUUGCAGAAGAGAGUCUGAAAAUGAAGGAGGAAGGCAGCCAUCUGCCUCAGGAUGACACUGGCAUUGUUCCUCACUUUGCGAAGAAAAAACUAUGA